AUGGAGGCACUACUCGCGAAUCCCUCGCUCUCCCGCCCCCCGCUCUUGACCUCCCCCCCCUCCUCCUCCUCCUCUUCCUUGCCCCCUUCUCACAAAUACGCCGCAUCCUCCUCCGCCGCCGCCGCCGCCGCAGUUCGCCCACUACGUCUCCGAGCUCCAUGUUUCCGGUGCUAUUCCGCCUUCCAGGACCAAUAUCCCGCGCAGUUCCCGGCUCCGGACGGAGCCGUAGCGGAAGAUGACGGGGCCUCCGAGGACGAUGAGGCAUUCGGCGAGGUGAACAAGAUCAUCGGGAGCAGAUCCGUGCCGGCAGCCGACGACGAGGAGGGAAAUAUCGUCACCACGGAGUUCCUGAUCGAGUGGAAGGACGGCCACGCGCCUUCCUGGGUCCCUGCCGCCGGUAUCGCCGCUGACGUCGUUGCCGAGUACGAAACUCCCUGGUGGACCGCCGCCAAGAAGGCCGACGACGCCGCCCUCUCCGCCCUGCUCUCCGAUCCCGCCACCGCUCGCGACCCCGACGCGCUCGACUCCGACGGCCGCGCCGCCCUGCACUUCGUGGCGGGGCUCGGAUCGGAGGCCUGCAUCCGCCUCCUCGCCGGCGCCGGCGCCGACGUCGACCGCCGAGAGCGCUCCGGCGGCGGCCUGACGCCACUGCACAUGGCGGCGGGCUACGCGCGGCCGGCCGCCGUGAAGGCGCUGCUCGAGCUCGGAGCGGAUCCCGAGGCCGGAGAUGACCGGGGGAGGACGGCGAUGGAUUUGGCGAGGGAGGUGCUGGCGGCGACUCCCAAGGCGAAUCCGGCGACGUUCACGCGGAGGCUGGCGCUGGAGGCGGUGAUUAGGGAACUGGAGGCAGCGGUGUACGAGUUCGCGGAGGUAGAGCAGGUGCUGGAGGCCAGAGGCGACGGCGAGAGGAAGGAGUUCCUCGUCCAGUGGAAGGACGGCGGCGAUCGGGAGUGGAUCCGCGCGAAGUGGGUGGCAGAGGACCUGAUCUCCGACUACGAGGCCGGCCUGGAGUACGGCGUGGCGGAGGCGGUGGUCGGAGUGAGGCGUGCGGCCGGCGCCGUAGAAGGGGCGGAAGAGGGGAAGGUGGAGUACCUAGUGAAGUGGGUCGACAUCAAGGAGGCGACCUGGGAGCCGGUGCAGAACGUCGACCCUGUGCUCAUUCAGGAAUUCGAGAGGAAGCAGCAGGAGGGCGGCGCCGCCGCCGCCGGCGGCAGCGGCGACAAGCAGGCGGCCGGCGCUCCGCUGGGCUGA